AUGUCUGCUCUCCCACUGGACUACAAGCUUCUUGAAUGUGGGACCCUGUCCCUGCCACCUGUGGACCCCUAUAUUCAGCAGCACAGGGCCUGGCACAGACUUGUUGGCCCUGGCACAACGGACAACACAAAUGCCCAGAUGUAUAAGGAGGGUAGGAUGAAGUCUCCCAGGGCCCAGCCAAGUCUUGGCCUGAGGACUGCCAGCAAGAGGGCUAGUGUUGAACCCAUCAUAUCAGGAGUCAGCCAGGUUGUGUUUCCAGAUACUGAAGGAAUGGGGAGUGGGAAGCAGCCCUCAUCAGCUCCAGGAGGGCCAGAGAAUGGAUCCACACACAGAGAAGCAUCAGAGGAGGGAUCUCCGGAGCUCAGCACCCAGGAGCAGAGGCAUCCGGCAGGACCAAGGAUGAAGGAGUCAUCUUGGGCCGCCCAAGAGGUGCCCAUGUCCCUGCAAGCAGGCCAGGAUCAGGCCACGCCAGGGAGUGAGCUGGGGGUGCUGCCUUCCAGGGUCCCUGCAGCGCACGAAGGGCUGCAGCAGCCCAGCGCAGGGAAGGAGUCCGAGGACCAACAGGGGAGCCAGCAGAACCCAGGGACUGUGGAAGAUCAGGCCUCCGAGAACUGCCAGGGUCCAGCAUGUCAGCCCACCCCAGGUCACCUGGCAGCAAAUGAGUCAGACAUCGUGCAGCCAACAGAGCCUUGCUGCACCUUGGACAGCUGUGGACAGCAACUGGGAGACAAGCCCUCCAAGGAGGUGGACACCUCACCCAUCAGGCCACAGAGGGCUCUGCCAGAGCCUGGCCCAGGGGGACAUGGGGACAGUUCCCAGGAAGCAGUGCCCCUAAUGCCCACAGCAAUUCUGGAGGAAAAGACAGCCCACUCUUUUCCACCAUGCACGUCAAGACCUAACACACCCAAAGAAAGGUAAGCCAU